CACAAAUAAUGCCUCGAACACGUGUCAACUUGCAAAAAUCCGAGGCAAAUGACCGUAGUUUCACAAUAUCGUCGCUAGAAUUUUGUUUAUCGCAAUUGCGAAAAGCAGAUCCGAAUUUGGUGAAAAAAGCAAUUGCUUCUGGUGACGGACUAACCGAGUCGAAAAACGACGUCAGCACGCGGCUAUCGGAGGCACAUCGUUAUUCUGUUCAACAGUGUCUUGAUAACUCUGAGCAGUUGGCUCAACUCCAUAAUCAACUUGUGCAUUGUGAUAAUGUUUUUGAACGCUUGCAAGCAACAUUGUACAGUUUUCAAGACAAUCUAGGAUCAAUUGGGCAGGAUAUGAAAAAUUUGCAGCUACAGUCGCAUCAUAUUCAUCAAGAACUGGAAAACCGGCAAAAAGUUAGAGUCGAGCUGAGCCAAUUUGUAGACGAUAUUGCUGUUUCUCAAACGAUGAUGAAAACUAUCAACGACACUGAUGCAAAUGACAGGGGUUUUUUGGAAGCGCUCCACGAGUUACACCACAAAAUAACCUUAAUUUUGCAAAGGGGAAAUGGAGAUGCGGUAGCGGUAAACGACACUAUGCCGAUUUUGGAAGGACUAAAGCUUAAGGCGGUUGUAAAAGUGAGGGAAUGGUUGCUUCAGAAAAUGUUCCAAUUCCGUAAACCUCUGUCCAACUACCAAGUUUUUCAACACCAGCUUCUCAAAUGCCGAUUUUUCUACGAAUUCCUGUUGCACCAUGACUUGAUCUCUGCCAAGGAACUUCAAGACGAGUACAUUGACACCAUCAGCAAGAUGUUCUUCACGUAUUUCAAAGCAUACGCCACACGCCUGUUCAAACUUGCGAUGAAAGACGUGGCCACCAAAGAAGACGCUUUGGGAAGUAUUGAUUUUGCAAAACCCGCUGGAUUAGGCGCAAUUUUCUCGUCGAAACAACACGUUGUUCGGAAUAAGGCAACCGUUUUUUCGAUUGGGCAACGACAUCAAAUUCUCUCUGACGACUUUUUAGGAGCCUUGAUUGUUCCCCACGCAGCUACGCAGAACCAUCAAUCGUAUCAAUUUGAAGCACUAUUUCGUUCUAUUCAACUGGCAUUUGUCGAUCACUACAGCCAUGAGUACCUCUUUAUUACCGACUUUUUCCUUGUCAGCAAUGAUGAAGCCAUUGAACUGCAUAACAAGGCUAUGGCUCGAGCAAUGUCAGUUGUGCUCAAAAGCUGCGAGGAGCAAAUCGCCCUUAGUUGGGACGCCAUCAGUCUUCAUCUGUGCAUUUGUCUAUGUGACAAGUUUACCGAAGUGCUCGCCGAGAGAGAGGUACCAGAAGUUAGCGAUUAUUGGAAUACUGUCACAAGCUUCCUUUGGACCCGCCUCAAUUUGGUCAUGUCUCAACACUACGAAAGUGUCAAAUCUGUUGAUUUGAAGAAGUUGAUGCAUAGCGGUUCACUUGAUGCAAGACCGCAUUUCAUAGUCCGACGGUACGCCGAACUGACAAGUGCACAUUUGAUGAUAGCAAAAGCAAGUGGAAAGGAAAUGGGUGCAAAGAUGGAAGCUGUCUUGGAGAACAGUGAAGACUCUAUUGAACAACUAUUGACUCGAAUGUCAGCUAUGCAGCAAACUCAGAAAAAUAAGCACGUCUUUCUGAUUAACAAUUACGAUCUUAUUCUUUCGAUUAUCGAUAACGAGGAAAGCAAGCAUACAAAGAUUUAUGCAAUUGUCCAUGAGCUUGAACAAAAAAGUAUUGAUGAUUUUGUUGAAGAGAUGCUAGAGCCACAUAUUGGGUACAUGAUUAAAUUUGUCAACGAGUGUGAAUCUCUGAUUGUUCAAGGUCAUACACAACUCUUAGUUCGAUAUAAUGACAAAGUUGGAACGGUGGUAGCAAACUUCAAUGCAAAGUGGAGACCUGCAGUGGACAGUAUUAAUUCAGAAUGCAUACAACUUUUCACUAACUUCAGCCUGGGAACCACCAUUUUACAGACAAUCUUCACAAAGUACGUUCAGUAUAUCAAUAGAUUCACAAAGAUUCUGUCCCAUGACGUAUUUGCUAAAAAUCCCGUGUGUUCCCAGUUAGUCAACGUUCAUCAAGUGAUGCUCGAAAUCAAACGGUUCAAACCAGCAUAUUAAGAAAAAUAUUGCCAAUGUUAUUUUAUUUUCCCGUGUAGACUUUGUAAAUUAAAUAAUUUAUUGAUUCCCACUUACUUGAGUAUUUUUUUAUAUAUAUUUUUACCCACUGGCAGCUUUAUGCAUGCAAAAAAUGUUGAAUAAAAUGUUUAU